GACAUUUCAUUUCGCGCCAAAAGAAGUGUUCUCUCUGUGUCUGUUUAGUGCCAUUGUGUGUCUGAUAUAUUUAUUGGUUUAUUUCGUGUUUGAUGGUACCUCAUACCUUUUUACUUGGACACGUCUAAGAGGGAACUUAUUCAAAAGCUAUCAAGUGAGAAAUCAUCUAAAAAUGGCUGUUGCUGAGGUAGAUCAGAGACUUCGUGACAUUCAACGUGCCUACCUUGACUUCUUGGACGAUGAGGAAGAUCAAGGCUUGUAUGCCAACCGAGUAAAAGUCAUGGUCGAAGAAAAGAAAACAAGACUGGUUAUCAACAUUAAUGACUUGCGCCGCAGAAAUCCUGCCAGAGCUGUAGAGAUACUGCGCAAUUCAUUUGAAGAAAUUAUUGCUUUCCAACUUGCUUUGAAAGAGUAUGUUGGUAGUGUAGAUCCUACCUUUUCGAAAGAGCACAAUGAGUUCUUUGUUGCUUUUGAGGGAAGCUUUGGUCGCAAUCAUGUGACUCCACGGACGUUGAUGUCCCAUUACUUGGGCCAUAUGGUUUGUGUGGAGGGGAUUGUCACCAAAUGUUCUCUGGUGAGACCAAAAGUUACCAGAAGUGUUCAUUUCUGUCCUGCAACAAAAAAGGUCCUCGAGCGCAAAUAUACUGAUCUCACUUCUUUUGAUCCCUUCCCUGCUAAUUCUGUAUAUCCUACUCAGGAUGAGGAUGGCAACCUCCUAGAAACAGAGUUUGGUCUCUCAUCAUACAAAGAUCAUCAGACAGUCACCAUUCAGGAAAUGCCAGAGAAGGCCCCAGCUGGUCAGCUGCCACGUUCUGUAGAUGUAAUAUGUGAUGAUGAUCUUGUUGAUCUUUGUAAACCUGGUGACAGAGUCCAGAUAGUGGGCAACUAUCGCUGUCUUCCUGGAAAGCAAGGUGGCUUUACUAAUGCCACCUUUAGAACUGUCCUUAUUGCCAACAAUAUUGAACAACUUCGACGAGAAAAUGCCUUGACAGUCUCACGUGAAGAUAUUGCUAAUUGUAAGAGGUUGGCUCAGAAGAAAAAUGUCUUCAAUUUAUUGGCAAAAUCUCUUGCACCAUCUAUUCAUGGUCAUGAAUUUGUCAAGAGAGCCAUUUUGUGUCUUCUUCUGGGUGGUAUUGAGAAGGUGUUGCCCAAUGGCUCCAGACUCAGAGGAGAUAUCAACGUUUUGUUGAUUGGUGACCCCAGUGUGGCUAAAUCACAAUUGCUAAGAUACGUCUUAGGCACAGCUCCCCGGGCAAUUCCAACCACUGGCAGAGGAUCUUCAGGAGUUGGUCUUACUGCAGCUGUAACUAGUGACACUGAAACAGGAGAGCGCAGGCUGGAAGCUGGUGCUAUGGUCCUCGCUGAUCGUGGAGUUGUAUGCAUUGAUGAAUUUGAUAAAAUGUCUGAUGUGGACCGUACUGCUAUCCAUGAAGUCAUGGAACAAGGAAGAGUGACCAUAGCAAAGGCUGGUAUUCAGGCCCGCCUGAAUGCCCGAUGUUCUGUACUUGCUGCUGCCAAUCCUGUAUAUGGAAAAUAUGAUCAAUACAAGACUCCCAUGGAAAACAUUGGUCUUCAAGAUUCACUGCUGUCUCGUUUUGAUUUACUGUUCGUUAUGUUGGAUUUGGUUGAUAAUGACAACGAUAGUAAAAUCUCAGACCAUGUAGUGCGGAUGCACAGAUACAGGAAUCCCAAUGAGCAAGAUGGAGAAGCAUUGCCUAUGGGUUCUGCUGUAGAUAUGUUAAGCACAUACAAUCCUGACCGAAAUGAAGAAGAUGAAACACGAACUGAAAUGUAUGAAAAGUAUGAUGCGUUACUUCAUGGCAAUACUCGUUCUAGGUCAGAUCAAGUCCUUAGCAUGAAGUUUAUGCGUAAAUAUAUUCAAAUAGCCAAAUUUAUGAAGCCAGUUCUCACUGAGGCAGCUUCUGAAGCCAUUGCUGAAGAAUACUCAAGACUGCGCUCACAGGACAAUAUGGAAUCAGAUGUUGCCCGUACUCAACCUGUCACAGCCCGAACAUUGGAAACUCUCAUUCGUUUGUCAACUGCUCAUGCUAAGGCAAGACUUUCCAAGAAAAUUGAUACUCAGGAUGCUGAAGCAGCAAUUGAGUUAGUUCAGUAUGCUUAUUUCAAGAAGGUUAUUGAGAAGAAGAAGAGGCAGCGCAGACAUGAUGAUGAGGCCGAAGAUGAUGCUGAUGAUCCUGAAGCUGAGACCUCAGAUGAGGGUGAAGCUGAACCUGAACAAUCACAGCCAGCCAAGAGACAACGAAGAGGUUCUCAGCAGUCCCAGGAGCCUAUGGAUGUUGAUGAAACAGAGAAGCGUCCCACAAGAUCUAAAGCACAAGAGGUUCAUCCAGCACUAGCUCCUGAAACUCCUGCAGCCACAUCAAUUACAGAUGUCAGGUUGGCAAAGUUCAAAGCCAGUCUAAUGAAAAUAUUCAGAGAUGAGCGUAGUCAGUCUGUCACACUUGAUAGAGUGAAGGUUGUUAUGAAUUUGGAACAUCACGCUGAGCCCUUUGACGACGGAGAAAUAUUAGCAGCUAUCGAUAAAAUGGCAGAAGAAAAUCAAGUCAUGCUUGCUGACAACACACUGUUUUUGAUUUAGUUGUAAUCAUGAAAACCAAACGUAAAGUAUAAAUUGUAAUUUUUUGUGAAGAGAGAGGAGAACUGCUUCUCAUGUGCCUUUUAUAAUUCCAGCAUUUUGUCUAGUAAUUAGGUUUAUUUUAAUUCGGUAUCUGUGGAGAGAUCAUGGCAAUAAUGUAAUUUACAUAUAAUGUACUUUACUGAGGAACAAGUAAUUAUUCUACUAUUAAGUGCUGCUAUUUUAAUUCAUCACUCAUGCUAUUUUAGAUUUGUACAAAAUAAAACAAUGGGCAACCCAUUCUAAA